GAAGCCCGGCCCGAGCCGCUUGAGGGGCGCUCGGGGGCCGUGCCGGGCCCCGGCCCCAACGCUGACGGCCACGUCUCGCCCGCACGGAAGGCCAAGGAGCCGCUGCACGAGCGCUACCGGCUGCAUUCGCUGCUGGGCAGCGGCGGCUUCGGCCGCGUCUACGCGGCGACCUGGGACGGAGCCCCGGUGGCCAUCAAAGCCGUGCCCCGGGAUCUCAUCCGGCGCUGGGGCGAGCUGCCUGACGGCACCCGGGCCCCCCUGGAGAUCGUGCUGCUGGACAAGGUGUCCAAGGGCUUUCCUGGGGUCAUCCAGCUGCUGGAGUGGGUCGAGCUCCCCAACGGUUUCCUGUUGGUCAUGGAGCAUCCGGAGCCGUCUCAGGACCUCUCUGCCUUAAUCACGGCGUGGGGGUUCCUGCCGGAGGAGAUGGCGUGGGGGCUGUUCCGCCAGGUGCUGCAGGCCGUGCGGCACUGCACCAGCUGCGGCGUCCUGCACCGGGACAUCAAGCCCCAGAACAUCCUCCUCCACCUGGCCACCGGCGAGGCCAAGCUCCUGGACUUUGGAUGUGGCACCUUCCUUCGGGACACGGUCUACACCCAGUUUGCAGGAACACUGUCAUACAGCCCGCCAGAGUGGAUCUACCUCCAACGCUACCACGGCGAGGAGGCGACCGUCUGGUCCCUGGGCAUCCUGCUCUACCAGAUGGUCUGUGGGAAGCACCCUUUCCGCAAAGGCCCCAAGACCAUCUGGGACCAGCUCCCGUUCCCACCACGGGUCUCUGAAGGUGGAUACCGAUCUUUGUGGCACGGGGGGAAUAACGGUGUUGGGAGAGGGCAGCGGGCUCCCGAGGACGCCGCUCUUGAAGCUGUUUGUGUCCCAUGGGUGGCUGGAGGAGGUGGCCUGUGUCCUGCCAUCCUGCUCUCCUCCAAAAGGGAGAAUCGAUGGAGAAGUUUGGGCACAGCUCUGAGCACAGCCAGCACAGCCUGGGCACGUGGACAGUGGGACAGAGGGGACAGGAUCCUUCUCCAACUGACCGGCCAUUUUCCCCCCAGGCUGCCAGCACCUUAUCAGGUGGUGUUUGUCCAUCCGCCCCUCGGACAGGCCAGCAUUGGAAGACCUCUUGUGCCAUCCUUGGGUGCAGGGCAUUCCCCUGCCCUAGAAGACGGGAGAGAUCCACGUGCUCACUUUGAUCCAGGGGCCUGGCAAACAGCUGGGCCCUGGGCAGAACGCUGACAGCCUGGUCUGGCCCCCAGGGAAGGAGAAGGGGCCUCUGGAGAAGCUGUGCCGGGUGGGCCUGCUGCUGGAGACAUGGAGGACGACGUCAAGGAUGACAAGCUCUCAGCUGACCUGGACGCCGGCGAGCUGAGGAUGAUGGACUUGGAUUCUGGCCCCUUCCUCCCAGACGUGCUCCACACGCCGUUUGCAGAUGAGUCCACACCCAGGGGGUGCUCCCGGACGCGGGCAUUGCUCAGCCUGGCUGGGCACCGAAGGUUCCCCCUUUGCUGGCGGGGAACCUGAGGAAUUCUUCAGCCGGCUGCCAAGCUGCUUCUUGGCAGGAGGGUGGGCGGGUGCUCUGGGCUGGGGGUGAAAUGGGAGCCCGGCUCUGCCACCAGCCUCUGCCACUGCCCCUUUGCUGGGCAGGGCUGGGGCAGGGGCAGCCAGCCUGCCAAAAACAAACCCCCGUGGGGGGAGCAAAGGCGGGGCUGCAGAACACCAGCUGCUUUGGGCUGCAGGCCAGGGAAGGCUUGGGCUGCCUUGGCUUAGGAGCCUUUCUUUGGGCCAGUGCAGCAGGGCAGGGAGAAGGCCUGGGUUUUCCUGAGCUGGGGGAGGUGGGGUUUUUCUUUGGCCUGGAGGGGUUGGGCCUUCCUCAGAACCCUGACAGAAUGUUAACAGUUUACCUCUUUUUCUUGUUUCCACUUUUGGUUUGUAAUCUCCUGUCAUGAAUUUGUUGUUUGUUUCAAGGGAAGAGUUGGAGCUGGUGCCCAGUCCGGAUUGGGAAGGGCUGGGACCAUCCCUGGAGAGGAUCUGACGUCCCCUCUGAGAAGGCUGAGGACAUCCUUUGGGACACGCUCUUCUUCCGGCAGCAGAUCUUGUGAGGUAGAUGCUCAUCUUGC